UGACGUGUAAAUUACGGGGACACGCCGCUGGUCGUCCCUCUCCUAGCUCGCAGCAGCUUCUGUCUUCCUUGACCGUCGGGCCUGGCCCAACAGGCGAGACGCAGACUCGAAAGUUUGAAGAUCGAGCGUCGUAACUCGCCGUCACUACGCUGUCAAGAUGCCUCCACCUCCAGGGAGUACAGACCCGGACUUGUGGGUGAACGACUUGCCAGCUGUAAAGGAGACGAGUGCAGGGUCAAUCAGUGGGUGCAGGAUCGUCCAGGACGGCUCCACCGAACACAUCCGAGACAAUGAGGACAGAUACUACACUUGUAAGUUGGAUGGAGUCCAACUGUACAUGGUGCUGGACGGGCACAACGGGAGCAGGGCGUGCGACUUUGCGAGGAAACGUAUCCCGAGUAUUCUACUGCAGACCGACAUGGGGGAGAAUGGGGAGAGAGCUGCCGAGGUCCUCAGGUACACCUUCCAGAACACCGAGGAAAAGUUCUUCAUGAUGUUGGAUCCGAGCAUCACGAGAAAGAUGGGACUACAGAUGGAGAUGCAGGAGAAAGGAGGGACGACGUCCAUGUUGGCGUAUUCCAUGUUCCCCGAGAAAGUGGAGGAGCUGCAGAGACUGGAGGAGCAGAUUAGCGGAGGGACCACUGCUGUGGUGGCGGUGAUUCUAAAUAACCGUCAGUUGUGGGUGGGAAAUGUGGGAGACUCCAGGGCCGUCCUCUGCUACCAGGACGGCCUGGGGAAACUCCACGCAGAGCAGAUCUCAGAGGACCACAACACGAAGAACGAGAAGGAGAUUGAGCGACUGGUUCGGUGCGGCUUGGACGAGGUCCGACUACGCAGCUCGGGAAGACUCGGGGUCCACCAGAACACUCGCUCCAUUGGUGACUACAGCAUCAAGGGAGGCUUCAAGGAUCAUGACAUUCUCAGUACUGCGACUAGGGAACCUGGUACGGCGGAGCCUUUCAUCAGCCACCCUCCCCUAGACAUAACAACGAUCAGGGGCUUCCUCCUACUAAUGUCCGACGGACUCUACGACGCCCACGCGACAGUCACAAACUCCCUGCACACCGUGAACCACGACCUGGCACUCCUCGUCCAGCGACACUUAGACCACGCCCCCAGCAUCAACGAGGUGGCCGACAAAGUGAUCGCGGAGGUGGCGACCAACUUUCGCAACACGAUCCAGCGACGUGGGGAGAGUGCUCGCAUGGACGACAUAACACUCAUCAUCCGUAACCUCGGCUACCCAGUGGGUCAGCUCUCCGGGAUCCUGACGUCCCCACAGAUGCUGCAGAACAACUUCAGCUUCAGCCAUGAGACACACCAGGAACACCCAAAGCCACAAUCGGAUGCUGGGGGUCCGAAACCCCACUAUGAAAAUUCCCAGUUCUUACAGUCAGUGCCUGUCCCGACGUCCUCGGUCCAUAGUAGCACCAACCCCUCCACUGCCACUCCUACUCCCUCCAGUAGACUCCCACACUAUACCUCGCCGCAGGCCCACCCUAGUGUCCACGUGAGCCAUCACGUCCCUGUGGUGGACGCCUACCCUCCCAACUCUGUGUACCAGUCCCAGCAGAGCCUGCACUACCCUCACCCCACCACCGGUUACAAUGUCCAGUACGGCACCAGGCCACCGCCACAACCGCAGCACCAGAAUGGAGCUGGGGCGGCAAGCCAGGUGUUUGGGGACUCGGGAGCCGACCACACGGCACACACCAACUACCAAGACCAAGGUGCGUAUGGAAGAGAGCCACUGCAGAGCCAGCCGUACAGCGGCCAUCAGCACUCAGAGUCCACUAAUCAGUACAGAGAGUAUUCAAACCCUGACUCAACGACGACGACGACGACGCCCGCCAUCUACGAGAACUGGGAUCUGAGGAGAAGCGAUCGCCACGGUUCCGGCAGCAGUGGAGUGACAGAGCUGGCCGGGGAUCUUGCCACAAUGAGCGUGGAUCCAUCGCAAUCCAACACGACUGAUCCAAACCCUUCAAAGUCACCUAAUCCUGGGCCGACAUUCCAUGAACUUCAUGGGCCUUCCUCAAACGUCGAUUAUCAGUUUCAGUCGCCGCAAAAUGCCGGUCCAGUCUCUUCCCAAACAAACGUCGCUGUCAACAGGAAUGGUUCGACUGACGAUACCGGUGGCGUGGCAAGGACGGUGACGGACGACAGUGGUCUCGGUGGUAGUCGAGGGGGAGGGGGUGAGAACGGUACCAGCAGACACUCUACAACGGACGACGAGUCGUGGAUGUACAAUGACAGAGUGUUGCAGGCAUCUAAGUCAACGCAGCCAACAUCAUCGUCUCUGGGCGACUCUGAGAAGACAGGGGAGGAAGAGGAGGAGGAGGAGAGGAGGAGGAAAGACAGGGACGCAACGGAAGUCGUUGAGCUGGAGCUGGCGCCAGAAAAUGAGACGACACGGCUGGAUGUGAAGGAGGAAGAGGAGGAGAACGGGAUGAUCAAACCCAUCAUAAAGUUCGACAAGUUCCCUCCGGACCUGUCCUGGGAUCAGAUAUAAAGCCAUUACAUAACGUGUCAUUUCUCACUGUGUCGCCUUUUGUGGCUGUGUUCUUUGCUGUGUGACAGUGUGCUAAUGAUUGUGGCAGUGUGUUCCGUGUCAGACAUGAAAUUUGGAGACAAACUUGAACGCGCAGGCAAGAGAGGGGGCGUGGCGAUUGUGUCAGCGCGUCCGGCCGGCGCCCCCGAGUUCAUUACGUCAUCGUGGUUUGAAUUUCGAAUCCUGCGAGGGAACGUUGGGAGCUGAUCUGAGAGAGAAGCUACAGCUAAAAGUAUGGCCGCGCCGUCGUCCAGCUCCAACGUGGAGAACCUUCACCCGCAGACGGUGCGGCAGGUCCUGCGGGAGAUGACUGAGCUGUCUCAGAGCCCGCCUGAAGGCGUCAAGGUCUUCUUAAACGAAGAAGACAUCACCGACAUACAGGCUUCCAUUGAGGGCCCAGCCGGUACUCCGUACGAAGGCGGAAUCUUCAAAAUGAAGCUGGUUCUACCUAAAGAGUUUCCUGCCUCCCCUCCUCUUGGUAUAUACACACAUGUAUACCAUCUAUAUAGGACAAAUAUGCCACGCAUUUUGGUGAGCGAGUGUGACAUUUCAAUUUUUGUACAUACUGAAGAAUGACGUUCAUUUUUUCGCGUUUAUUUAGAUUCACGUGCAGUGCCCAGUUACUUUCACAUAAUUAUAUAGAAAAUUCCCGAAUUUAGACGACUAGGUUGCUUUGCUUGGCAAAGAAAUGUUUUAUAAUACAUAAUGUUCCUGCAAAAAUUGUGCUCCACAAAGUAUAACCUUCAGCAUUGUAAAGUAUUUGACAACUGUAACCUCCCCUGGAUGUAAUGUAUGGGUUUGUAUGCACGAGGAACCACUUCCGGCUUCAAAUUUCUGUUCAUUUAGAGGUGUGUGCAAUAACACAUGCGGUUCCAAAAGUUUUGUUCAUCAUCAACUGUGAGAUUAUACUGAUCAACGACAGUGCUGUUCCCCCCUUUUUAAAAAUCUUUAGUCACACAAACAGGUUUAUGGAGGAGUUGUGUGUUGUUUUGCAGGAUUUUUCUUGACGAAGAUAUUUCACCCAAAUGUGGCUAGCAAUGGGGCAAUAUGUGUGAACACCCUCAAAAGAGACUGGAAACCAGAGCACGGAAUACGCCACAUACUCUUGACCAUCAAGUGCCUCCUAAUCUACCCAAACCCUGAGUCGGCACUCAACGAGGAGGCUGGUAGGCUCCUAUUGGAACACUACGAAGACUAUUCCAGCCGGGCUAGGAUGAUGACCGGGAUUCACGCCAAGCCAUCUCGGGGACCCGACACGGCAGCAGGUAGCAGUGUUGGUGGUGGGUCCGAUGUGUCCGGGGGUAAAAAGAGGCCUCUGGAGUCGGUCACCGGUAGCACCGCCUCCGGACUUGUGGAGAAAAAGAAGAAAGACAAGAAGAAGGCUCUGAAGAGACUCUGACCACACUUGCCAGACUCUCUUUCUCUCACUCUCCAACAAGCGCCCUCUUCCUCUCUUUUUUCGUGUUGGCUGUAUAAUAUUGUGUACAUAGUGUGUCUUACAGUUGCACUGGCUAUGCUUUAAUUACGUCAAUCUUUUUCUCUUUUCAUGUUGUGUCUGAUCUUUUUCCCGCACGGCAACAAAUGCAUGUGAGUUUUGCACCAGUGUUGGACGAAAUUUUAGCAAAAAUAGCGAUCAAACAGGUACAAUGGUUUUUAAUAAAUUUUCACUCUAAUGAUGGGUGUGGAAGAUAGAGAUGUGUGUUAGACUCCUAUGUGGCAAACUGGUGGAUGAGUAGUGUCAUAUCGUCCCUCUUGCGGCAUGCGACGGCCACCGGUGAACGGAUAUCUCGUGCAGCGUGGUUCUUGUAUGCAUCUUCGUGAAUAGCCCUGAUACGCCCGAGGACACGAUCGGCAAGAACAUCGAACCUUCUCUUUUGGUCCACGAGCUGAUCUCUUUCUCGGUUCACCGUGGUCAUGAGGACCUUGUUGGUUUCGAUUCCAGCCUUUUUGCAGAAACGGCGCCUCGAUGCUCUUGUAGACUCCGUCUGUCAUCAGGAUGAUGUACUUGCAGUGUGGUGUUAUGGGGAUAACCUCAACGAAAGGUUCACACAGACCCGGCUGUGCCUUGCAAUGCCUGCGAAAACAGAGGAUAAUAGCGAUAUGAACAAAAGGAAGAACAUGUGGACCAAUCAGAUUUCUUGAUUUACUGUAUAUACAUUAUGCAGAACAGUGCGGCAGAAUAAGGUUCAGUGGCCUUUGCGCAAUAAGGAACUGCAUGCUCGGGUGGUGGUGGUGUUGCAAUAGGGAACUCCAUCCUAACUGGCCUUGAAAUAAGCCACAGAAGGAGUCACAUGAAAUUACACAGCCAUCUGACCCUUUUACAAAACUGCAUGUCAAAAAUGACACAAUAUCCUGUAUUUCUCAACGGAGAGAGGCUAAACAACUUCCAUAUAGUACAGUAUAGUACGUGAAGCAGGUUCGAAAAAGUGCAUAUUAUUUCCUUCUAAGAGGGAAACUGCUGUAGGCAUGAUAGUAUACACAUAAACAACUAGAGUAAGGAUACGCCAGCACACAGCCAGGCAUGCAGGGGACAAGUCCUGCAGCCUAACACUGACUGACAAUAUUUACUACCUACUGUACCCUUCAGGUCUGGGAGAAAUUAUACAGCCUUCUUUCAGAGACACCAGAUAGCAGAGAGUGUGUGGCAGUGGCAGACGAAAUAAUACCCCAG